UUCCCGCCAUUAGGCACCGCAAUGAUCAACACGGCACAAAGAAAAACUUCGUGCAACAGCUCAUAAAUGGAUCGCCAGAGCUUGCGAGUCGGUGGCGCCGGCGACGCGCAGGAGUUCUGCUACGUCGGGAGCCGGCAGCUCGAGGUCGCCGGCGGGGCGUUCCUGAUGGAACUGCUGGAGGACACGCCGGCGCCCGCCGACCAGGCACCGGAGGCCGCCGACGACCGGCUGAGGCGCGUCAUGCGGUCCCUCGAGGCCGAGCUCGGCGUCGCGGCGGUGCCGGCACCCUCUGCGGCGGAGGACGGCGGGAGCACGGCGGACGGGCCGAUGAGCGACUACGACGACGGGGAGCUGGAGGAGAUGCUGUCGGAGUUGGGCGGUAGCCUGGGGGCCGAGGCGCCGUCGUUGGCCGCCGUGCUGCCGUUCGAGUACUGGGAGGAGGUGCCGCCGGUGAUGGGCAGCGGCAUGGGCGGCUGGUACGUCGACGGCGAGGGCUUCGUGGCAGGGUACCAGUUCAGGGAAUCAUCCUACUACACCUAUGGUGAGGUCUCCGCCGUUGAGCAGGUGUACAGUCCCCCCCUGUGCCUGUGGGAGUGAGCGUUGAAAUAUGCGCGUGCGAAAAAGAGGUUGUGAGCUGAAACUUAUGAAAGACAAAUUGAGCUGUGCAUUUGUUCUUA